AUUUGACGUUAAGGAGACUGCGCAAUAUUAUCAUGGGAGAGUUGGUGACACCAGGCGACUUCUUGGUUCAUGUCGGCGUCUGUGUCGUUUAAAUUGUCUCCUGUCUAGCUCCGGCUUUGUCGCACUUACCUGCGGAAGACAUGCGGCGAAGCAAGAUCGAGGUGGACCGAUACGUCUCCUCCGUCCAGAGUUCGUCUCCCUCCCUCAAAGAGAAACCGGUCAAAGGAUUUUUAUUUGCAAAGCUAUAUUUUGAGGCAAAGGAAUAUGAACUUGCAAAACGACAUGUAUCAGAGUAUCUCAGAAUCCAGGAAAGGGAUCCAAAAGCACACAAGUUCCUUGGACAACUUUACGAGAGGGAAGGAGAUGUCAACAAAGCAGUAGGAUGUUAUAAAAGAUCUGUGGACUUGAACCCAGCGCAGAGAGACCUGGUUCUGAAGGUGGCAGAGUUGCUGGUGGAUGACGAAAAAUGUGACAGUCGAGCUGAGUUUUGGGUCGAGAAAGCUGCAAAGACACUGCCUGGAAAUCCUGCAGUCUUUGACUUGAGGGAGCGUCUGCUGAGUCGACAAGGCCAGAAGGGCUGGAACCAGCUGUUUGAUCUUCUUCAGGCUGAGCUGGCAGCACGUCCGGGUGAUGCCCAUGUGAACGUGAAAUUAGUUCAGUUAUUCUGCCAGGAUGGCCGGCUGGAUGAGGCUGUUAAGCAUUGUCUUGCCUCCGAGAGGAGAGGGAUGCUCAGGAGCAGUCUGGACUGGUACACCGUCGUCGUGCACACUUUGCAGGAGUAUUUGGCUCAGCCAAGCGUCUCCAGCAAUGAGAAGAUGUGUCGACGUCUCCAGAGAGAGCUGCUGUUGGCCCACUGCAGUCUGGUUAGAAUCACGCUGUCUGGAAAUGGCGUGCAACCUGCAUUAGAAGCUCUCAGGCAAUUUGACCAAGCUAUGCACAAGAUAAGCAGCACCGCAGUCCGCCAGCUAGAUGAACUAUCUGAAGUGUUUGUGGAAAUGCGGGGUCACCUGUACCUGCAUGCAGCCACUCUCCUGUUGAAAAUGGCUCAGAAUCACCAACAAACCUGGAGAGCCGUCAUCGACCUGGCUGCACUCUGCUAUCUGCUGGCCUUUCAGGCCCCCCGACCAAAGCCCAAAGUGACUAAAAGGGAGCGAGACCAGCCUUCCCCACAAUUUCUGGAGCUGCUGGCAAAUGACAGACAGAGUCAGGCUGGACACAUGCUGCUAAAUCUAAGCACAGAUUCAUCUGCCCUCAUCAGAGAGGUGGUGGAAGCGUUUGGAAAUCGCACUGGUCAAGACUCGCUGGUGGAUCAGCUUUAUGGACCGUCGUCAGCCGGAAACCCUUCCUUCAUCGCCAGUGACGACAUUCGCUCCAUUCAUGUCCAGUAUCCAGAAAUCCCCCAGCUCGCCAAGUGGGAUGCAGGGUCCGUUUUGCUGCAUGGUGGAGACCUUCAACAUCUGAGCUGGUUGGGCCUGCAAUGGGCCCUUUUGUCCCAGCGACCAGCAUUGCGUGCCUGGUUACAGCAACUCUUUCCAAGGCUCACCCUGGAAACCUCCAGGCUUGAUACAAACGCUCCUGAGUCUAUCUGCAUUCUGGAUUUGGAGGUUUUUGUGUAUGGCGUGGUGUUCUGCAGUCAUUGUCAGCUCCAGGAGACGGCCAAGAUCAGCAGUGGUUUAAACCAACAGCACCAGCUGUAUGAGCCUCGCUGUCUCCCUCUGCCACUGCUUCGUCUCCUCUCCACAGACCGACAGCGGGAGUGGUGGGACGCCAUCUACAGCUUAAUUCACAAGCGAGCUGCACCUGGUUUGUCUGGAAAGUUGCGGAUGAUCGUGCAACAUGGACUGAACACUCUUCGAGCCGGAGAAAAACACGGGCUCCAACCAGCACUAGCCAUCCACUGGGCUCAGUCUUUAAGCCAGACGGGUGACGGAGUCAACUCCUACUAUGACCAGAAGGAGUACAUCAGCCGAAGUGUUCACUACUGGAAAGUGGUCCUACCAAUGUUGGACAAGAUCAAAAACAGAAGGAGUGUACCCGAACCCCUGCACCCUCUCUUUAUACACUUUUCCUCCAAAGACAUUCAGAUUUCAUCUGUGAAGGGAUAUGAGGAAGACGCUGAAAUAGCAUAUGCAGUUCUACUUGACAUUGAAGGCAAAACUGAAGAAGCAAUUGCUACCUUGGAAACCAUAAACAACAUGUCAUCAAUCUGGCAUUUGGCUCAGAUUUACCAGCGGCUGUCUGAGGAGGCCAGCACCGGUGUCGAGGAGACCCAAGACAGGUGCAUCACUUUCCUGAAAAAGUUUAGAACAUACCUGUCUAAGAUCUACAACGCCAACAUAGACGACAUUGACAAGCUGCCUGUUUCGAUGGAGGAAGUGGUGGAUCUUCUAAAUGAUGUAAACCAGCAGCUCGGAGAAAGUGGAGAGGUCUUGGAUGAAGAGGAAGAGAAGGAGAGUCGGAGGGGACCAGCCCACUCCAGUCCAGCGCAUCCAUCAGAAACCAGCGCCACCAUAUCACACAUGAAGUUCUCUACUCCCUCCCCAAGCAAGAGCAUUGUCUCGCCUUCCAAGAGACACCUGAUGACUCCAAAGACACCACCUCAUUGGGUUGAAGAUCAGAAAAGCCUCCUGCAGAUGCUUUGUCAGCAAGUUGAAGCGCUUAAGAAUGAGGUCCAUGAUCUAAGGCACAAUGCUUCAGGGAAUAUGGGCUCUCCUCAUCAUAAGAUGUGUGGGGAUGGUUAUGCUGGUGAAACCUUGCAAGAGCCAUUCACGCCGGUCCAGUCUUACCAUGGAGCCCCACUAACAGUUUCGACUACAGGUCCCUCGGUGUACUACAACCAGUCUCCCGCGUAUAACUCUCAGUAUCUCCUCCGCACAGCAGCAAAUAUGACGCCCACAAAGGGCCAAAUGUAUAGUAUGAACAGAAUGCCACAUCAGCAACAUGUCUAUGCCUUUCAGCCACCAACAAAUACACCACCAUUGCAGACAGCCCCAUCUUGCAUGUACCAACAACAAGAGCAAGUCUACCCAGCCCCACUUCGAUUUGACUCCUGUGCCACCAACCUCCUGUCCCCAUAUAAUGAGGAGUACUAUAGCCAAGGUGUUAACCAACAACCAACCAACCCUCCUCUACCUGAACCUGGAUACUUCACGAAACCACCUGUUGUCCCUGUUCAACAGCCCAAGAGCGUGGAGGGAAAGCCCAUGGACUUUGCAAAGCUCCCCUUUGGUCAACAGGCACCGGCAGAAGUCCCUAAAGUGCCUAGUUUUGGAGGAAGUUCAGCUGCUCAGUCGAGUUCUCCUGCAACAUUUAAAUUCAACUCCAACUUUAAAUCCAAUGAUGGAGAUUUUACUUUCUCUGCUUCCCAAGCUAAGCACAGUGAAAGCUUACUUGGGCUUCUCACGUCAGAUAUUCCACCCAAAACGGAAAGUGUGUCGGAUCCUCCGCCUCAGGAACUUCAGUCCAGUCAGAAAGGGAUCUUCCACAUUGGCACCAGAACCCCUUUUGCCGCAGCACUUGAUGGGAACGGGAUGGGGACGGGACGAAGCUUGUUUGCAAAACUGGAGCCCCCAAUUAAAUUUGGAGAUCCUGCUGAUCAAGGUUUUGGUGUGACAAAAACGGCAGAGGAGAAGGAAGUCAAGGGAGAGUGUGACGACAGCAGUAACGCUGAAGAGGAUGAGGAGGAAGAUGGUCCUCACUUUGAGCCUAUUGUACCUCUACCUGAUAAAGUCGACGUGAAAACUGGCGAGGAGGAAGAAGAGGAGAUGUUUUGCAACAGAGCAAAGCUGUACCGAUUUGACAUGGAGACCAAAGAGUGGAAAGAGCGAGGAAUUGGCAAUGUAAAGAUCCUGAAACACACCACAAAAGGAAAGUUCAGACUCCUAAUGAGGCGGGAGCAGGUCCUCAAGAUCUGUGCCAACCACUACAUCAACACUGAUAUGUUGCUGAAGUCAAACGCAGCGUCUGAUAAGUCUUGGGUCUGGAAUGCACUUGAUUAUGCAGAUGAAGAACCAAAGACUGAGCAGUUGGCCAUUCGUUUCAAAACUGCAGACGAGGCCUCACUUUUCAAGUCCAAGUUUGAGGAAGCACAGAGAAUGCUACGACAAUCCCCCCAAGAUGGCAAAGAACAGGAGCUAAAAGCAGAGACCACUCAAACGACUGAGGAUCCUUUUGCCAAAUUUGCACUGAAGGCUGGAGAAUGGGAUUGUCCAGACUGCUUCAGCAGAAAUGGAGCCAAUGUCAAGAAGUGUGUCGCUUGUCAAUGUAGCAAUCCGAAUCCAGCCGUGAAGCCAGAGGCUGUUGAGCCAAAACCGAGCUCCUUUAGUUUUAAAUUUGGAACAGAUUCGUCCAACAAAACCUCUGGCACCACUUUUGGAGGCUUUGAUGCUUUCGGAACAACGAUGCCUUCCUCCUUCUCAUUUGGAACUAGCACAGCAACGUCAACAGGCUCAGCAACUGGCGUGUUUGCCUCUGCGUUUGGGGACCAGUUUGGUAAAAAGACGACUGAAGGAUCUGCAGACAGCGAUCCAAAGGCCACACCUUUUGCAACUUCAAAAGCAAAGAGUUCCCCUGCCCCGGCUGUGCCUGAAUUGAAAAUAUCUGAAGUGCCGGCUAACACUGGUUUUGCUGCUUUGUUUGCAAAGAAGCCGGGACAGUGGGACUGUGCCACAUGUGAUGUUAGAAAUGAAGCUUCAGCGAAUAGAUGUGUUAGUUGUGGUGCUGCUAAUUCUUCAAAGUCUGAAGCUGCUUCAGCGUUUGCAUCCGACGGUCCGAAAAAGAGUGAUCAACCUAAGACCACAGAAGGAAGAUCAGCCGCUUCAAAUGACGCGCUGUCUUUAGAAGCCAGGUUUGCCAAGAAAGAUGGCGAAUGGGACUGUGAUGUUUGUGCUGUGAGAAACAAACCAUCGUUGAACAAAUGUGCGGCCUGCCAGGCUGCCAAUCCCAAUGCUAAAAGCGUGACGAGUACUGCUCCCUCAGCGUCCACGUUUAGCUUUACAUUUGGAACGAAGGCCUCAUCGAAUCCACCGGAUGGAACUGGAUUCUCGAUGCCUUUUGGACCCAGCAACACAUUUCAGUUUGGUCAAAACACCAGUAGUUCCUCUGCGGCUUCAUUUAAAUUUGAGAUUCCUUCAUCUGGGACGACAUCGACCACAAGUUCCUCUGGCUUCUCUUUUAGUUUGCCCUCUUCAGGCGGCCCCAUCAAAUUUGGCGUACAAAGUGAAAACGAAACUCCCUCUACCAACGAGUCUACGCCGUCAGUGUCUGCCUCCAGCUUUCUUAAAAGCAUGGCUGACAAACACAAAUCCCAGGAACCUGACGCAGAUAAAUCGGACCAAGAUCAAAAUCCUUUAAUUUUGGGGAAAACUGAUUCUUUAAGUUUUGCAGACUUGGCAAAGUCCACAGGGGGAGACUUUCAGUUUGGACAAAAAGAGCCUGGUUUCCAAGGCUUCUCAGGUCAGGGGGACCAGGUGUUCAAAUCUCUGCAGUCUCUUCAGACAAAACCCACCGUCUCCAAUGAACACGAUGAGGAUGAAAUGUAUAAAACGGAUGAAACCGAUGACAUUCAAUUUGAGCCCAUCGUCCAGCUGCCUGAGAAGGUGGAUAUUGUGACGGGCGAAGAGGACGAGGAAGUACUUUAUUCUCAACGUGUGAAGCUGUUCAGAUUUGAUGCCACCACCAAGCAGUGGAAAGAGCGUGGCGUGGGUCUCCUGAAGUUCUUGAAAAACAGUACUAACGGCAGACUACGGGUGCUGAUGAGGAGAGAGCAAGUUUUUAAAGUGUGUGCUAACCACUGGAUUACCACCACAAUGAACCUCCAGCCUCUAGCAGGGUCUGAGAAAGCUUGGACGUGGACUGCCAACGACUUCUCUGAUGGAGAUGCUGUUCUGGAGCACUUGGCUGCCAAGUUUAAAACUAAAGAGCUUGCUGAGGAAUUCAAGCAGAAGUUUGAGGAAUGCCAGGCGCUCCUGUUGGACAUACCGCUCCAAACGCCCCACAAACUCGUUGACACAGGCCGAACGGCACUUCUUAUCAAGAAGGCGGAGGAGAGGAAGUCGGAUUUAAAAGAUCUGAAACUCUUGUUGACUGACGAAAAAACAAAGAUCACCGACGAGGGUGUGAAAGACAAAGCCUCCUCUUCAAAUGUUUCAAGCCUUUUGGGGAAGUCUCAGCCUGAAACAACUGGCCCGACACUAGAGUGGGACAACUACGACCUCAGAGAAGAGGCACUGGAUGAUACCGUCUCAUCUGUCUAUGCUUCACCCCUCGCCAGUAGCCCCAUUAGGAAAAACCUUUUCCGCUUCGGGGAGUCGACUUCUGGGUUUAACUUCAGCUUCCAACCGGGACCGAGCCCCUCCAAGUCUCCCGCUAAGCUGAACCAGAGCAGAACUUCAGUGGGUACUGAUGAUGAGCAGGAUGGAGGUCAGGAAGAAGAGCGAGAUGGACAGUACUUUGAACCUGUGGUCCCCUUACCUGAUCUGGUGGAGCUGUGUACGGGGGAGGAAAAUGAGCUAGUUGUCUUCAGUCACAGAGCCAAGCUUUACCGAUAUGACAAAGAUCUAAAACAGUGGAAGGAGCGGGGUAUUGGAGACCUGAAAAUCCUGCAGAAUUAUGACACCAAACGCGCGAGAGUCAUCAUGAGAAGAGAUCAGGUCUUGAAGAUAUGUGCGAACCACUGGAUCACCACACUCAUGAAACUGGAGCCCAUGCAGGGAGCAGAGAGAGCCUGGGUCUGGAGCGCCUUGGAUUUCUCAGAAGGCGGGGAGGGCAAUGUCGAGCAGUUGGCUGUGAGAUUCAAGCUCGAGGAAGCGGCAAACGCCUUUAAAAAUGUUUUUGAGGAAGCCAAACUCGCAUCAGAAAAAAAAGAACUGAUGACUCCUGUAAGUUUAGGAGACAAGACCCCAACACAACUGGCUGUGCCGACUGUUUGUGGGAAGGAAGCCAUUUCUAUUUUAGAGGAGACCACAAAGGAGAUGACUGCACUUGCCGAUGAGGAGCCGAGCGCCGCCGGGUCUCAGAGUCCAGUCAACCCCUUUAAGAAAGACACCCCGCCCAAAUUUGUCUUUGGUGGGAAUAGCCUUCAGAAGUUCUUUGGCAGCUCAAAGUCUCCGGAUAGCGAAAGUGGCACGAAAACCAAAGAUUCUGGACAACCUGGCAAGACGGCCCCCAUCGCACCUCCUGCAUUCAAGAUUCCCGAAAGAGGAGCACAAGCGGCAGCUGAGGAGGACUCUGAUGUGGAAAUCGUGUAUGUGAGAGAGCCCACCGCUCAACAGGCUGCUUUAUCCAAGAAACUUCUGCUGCCCCUCACCUUCUUCUGCUACAAGAAUAAACCAGGCUACAAGAGCGACGAGGAACCCGACGAUGAAGAUUAUGAGUCUGCAGUGAAGGCCCUGAAUGGAAAACUCUAUCUGGACCCAGCAGAGGAACAUGCGGCGGCGUGUGGCGACCAAGCAGGUGGCAACACGACGACUGUGGAGGAGGAGAGGUCUGAAGCCACGACACCGGCUGACCCCAACACCUCUGGAAGUGACCCUCCUGUGGCAGAGGAGACUGGAACUCAACACGACCCGGACACAGCCUCCGGAGGUGCAGCGUCGACGUCGGAUCUGUCGCUGGUCACGUCCAGUCAGAUAUCAGAGUCUGUCACCAAGAGUUCUGCUCUCAGUGGCAGCGUGCCGAUCGACCUGUCCACGAAGAAGAACUCGGAGUCGGAGACUAGCAAAGACAGCGCUGCGACGACAAACUCAGAACCGUCCAUGUUUUCAUUCUCUUCCCUGGGAGGAUUCUCUUUUGCUGACUUGGCUAAAAACUCUGAUGGAUUCGCGUUCGGGUCCAAAGACUCCAACUUUUCUUGGGCCAACGCUGGGCAGAUGGUGUUCGGCUCAGCGGUGACGCCAGCAGCCAACGAGAAAGAGGAGGAAAGUGAGGAAGAGGAGGCUCAGAGUGACGACAUUCACUUCGAGCCCAUCGUGUCCCUCCCUGAGGUGCAGACCAAGUCGGGUGAGGAGGACGAAGAGAUUCUUUUCAAGGAGCGGGCCAAGCUGUACCGCUGGGACCGAGCCCUCAGCCAGUGGAAGGAGCGCGGCGUCGGAGACAUCAAGAUCCUGUUCCACCCAGCCAAGCGCUUCUACAGGAUCCUGAUGCGAAGAGAACAGGUGUUCAGAGUCUGUGCCAACCACAUCAUCACCAAGGCCAUGGAGCUCAAACCCAUGAACACGUCCGCCAACUCCCUCGUCUGGAUCGCCACAGACUACUCCGACGGCGAGGGUUCGUUGGAGCAGCUGGCCGCCAAGUUCAAGACUCCUGAGAUUGCCGAAAAGUUUCACAAGACCUUCUGCGAUUGUCAGAGUCACAUGGGCGACGAUCCCUUGGAAGCCAUCUCUGCGCCGAUGUCCAAAGUUCAGGAGCACUCGAAGGACUCGAACCCGCAGGUCUUCCUGACGGUGGCUGCUGACGGGGAAGCCCUGGGCUCCCUCACCAUCGAGCUCUUCGCACAUAUCGUCCCCAAAACGGCGGAGAACUUCAGAGCUCUGUGCACAGGUGAAAAGGGCUUUGGGCUGAAAAACUCCGUUUUCCACCGCGUCAUUCCAGACUUCAUGUGUCAGGGCGGUGACAUCACAAAUGCCGACGGCAGCGGAGGCAAGUCCAUCUACGGCAGCAAGUUUGAUGAUGAGAACUUCGACGUGCGGCACACGGGCCCCGGCAUCCUGUCCAUGGCCAACCGCGGCCGUGACACCAACAACUCGCAGUUCUUCAUCACGCUGAAGAAAACGGAUCACUUGGAUUUUAAACACGUGGCGUUUGGCUUUGUCCGGGACGGCAUGGAGGUGGUGCUGCAGAUGGGCGCGCUGGGCACCAAGGACGGCAAACCCACGAAGAAGCUGGUCAUCACGGACUGUGGGCAGCUGUAGACUCCCAUGUUUGAAUCUUGUUCUGGGAUGAGCCUUGAUUCUGUCGUCUUGAAUUAAACACAAUGGAGAAUUGGG